GUCAAUUGCCGCAGGCCUUGAUAAACCUCUAUUCUAACGUUUGUCCCGGUUUUUCCGAUCCGGAGUCGCCUUAUUUGUUAUUCUGAGCGUACAGCUCUGGCUGUUGCAAACUAGUAGCACUGUCACUUGCUUCAGGAUCUUGCCCCUCUCUUCUUUGGCGUACUCGAUUGCCAAGUUAAAUGAUAGCAACGGUUGGCCGGUCCGUACAAAGGUCCAGUAUGGCUAUGCUGUUCGCACAUCUCGCCAUCUUCGCACCCAAACAUCAUUGCCCGACCUUCCCUUCAUCUUCAACUCCCAGUGUAGAAAACAACAAACAGCGGCAAAUAUGAAGAUCGAAGGAAAGUCUUUUGUCAUCACCGGAGGUCUCGGUUCUAUUGGAGGCUCCACCGCCAAACUUAUUGCCGAAAAGGGGGGCUAUCCAAUCAUUUUCGACAUCCUUUCUCCUGCGGAUGGAGAGAAAAAGAUCAAGGAGCUCCCAAACUCUGAACGUUAUGUCUACCAGCAGACUGACAUUGCCGACAGGGCGAAGAUGGAGCAAGCAAUUCAAGCGGCAUUGAAGAAGGUGCCUAAGGGAUCUUUGGCAGGUGGCGUGCAUUGCGCGGCCAUUAACCCUGGCAUGCCUUGGGGGCCCAAGAUGGCUGAUAAGCUGGAUGACUUUGAGAAGGUCAUGAAAGUCAAUGCGUACGGUACCUUCUGUGUUGACGCCGUUGUUGCCGACGCCAUCAACUCUCAAUACCCACCUCUUGACCCCUUCCAUGAACGAGUCGAAGAAGAGCGAGGCUGUAUUGUCAACAUCUCCUCAAUCGUAGCUUUCGAUCCUCCCGCUCGAUGCCUUACUUAUGGCCCUUCCAAAACUACCGUCCUGGGCAUUACCAGCGCGGCUGCCGACUUCCUGGCUCCUACAGGUAUCCGAGUUAACUCUAUCGCCCCUGCCCUUGUCUAUUCGGCUCUUAUGAACAGCGGGGGUCGCGGGGAUUACUUCAAGGACGAGAUGAACGCUCACUCAAUGUUCCCUCGUCGCAUGACCAACGCAUCGGAGAUUGGUGCUGCUAUCCUCUUCCUGAUUGAGACUUCUAUGAUGAACGCUUUCCAUCUCAAGGUUGAUGCUGGUUGGAGGAACGUCACUAGCUGGGCUUGCGGCCGUGACCCCCGAAAGCUUUCGGGACUCAUUGAGUAAUGAAAACGAUCAGAUAGAAAUACUACUACAUAUGACAUAGAUGGAAGCAUUUGAAAUCAGGGAGAGGCUUUGUACGUUGUGGGUAAAACGAGCAAUGAUGCAUAUCUGGAAAUGACAUG